CUACACGCCACUCUAAGUCCUAUACAAAGGAAGGAAUAACACUACCCUUUUCUCUUCCUUCACUUCCAUUUCCUUCCUCAUUCUUUUUAAUCACAAAAAAAGGUAAUCUUUUUCUUCUUCUUCUUGCCAUGCAACUUUGAAAUUGCUUAAGGAACCAUGGAAGGAAGAAUUGGACUGUUGUUUGUUGUUGUAUUAGGUGUUGCCUUGGCUUGUGAUGCAAGAGGGCUGGCAAACCCUUAUCAAUAUUGGAGCAUUAUCGCUGCGAACUCUGCCUCUUCUGAAUUAGGAAGAAUACCAGAUGUGUGUGCACUUUGCGAGGAAUACACUUCCAAGGCACUUGAUUAUAUAAAUGAAAACAAGACUCAGAGUGAAGUCAUUGAUAUUCUUCAUAAUACUUGUCACCAGUUUCACACUUUUGAGAAAAAGUGCAUCAAUUUGGUGGACUACUAUUUGCCACUUUUCUUCUUAGAAAUGACCUCGGUUAAGCCUGGAGAUUUCUGCAAUAAGGUUAACCUCUGCCAGAACAUUGCUAAUUUUUCCUUACAAGUUCAAGAAAAUAGCUGCGAGUUUUGCAAAGAUACUAUUUCAUCACUAUUGGAUAAGAUACAAGAUCCUGACACAGAGUUGGAGAUAAUUGAGACACUACUUAAGGUGUGCAAUUCAGUGGACAAGUUUGCGAGCAAGUGCAAGAGGAUUGUUCUAGAGUACGGUCCCUUAGUUUUUGAAAAUGCAGAGAAAUUCUUGGAGAAGAACGAUAUAUGCACUGCAUUGCAUGCUUGCAAGGAAUCAACAGUACUUAGCAAAUCCUUUCUUUCUGGCCUCUUAAGUAUUUUUUAUGGAAACAAUGUUUUUAUCAGAAUAGUGCAUUUCCUGAAGAUUGCUCUAUUUUGAGAGAAAGAGAGAGUAAUUAUAAUUUGACACAUUACUAAUGUAAAGUAUUGGCAGUGGCACAUCAUAUAAAAUGUUAGUUCCUAAGAAGAAGUGCUUGUGAGAUAAUAUACCUUGUGUAAUACAUCAUUAAAGUUAACCUAAGUUAAAAUUUUCAAUGAUUUUAUCUAUAUGGUGCUUAUGCUGUAUAAUAUCUUCUCUCAUUAAUGAUCAAUGUUGAUGUUUGUUA